AUGGGGGUGAGAAUGGAGCUUCUUGAUACUUAUCAUCUUUCACUGUUGAGACCUGAUGGGCAUCCAGGUCCUUACAGGACUUACCAUCCAUUUGAUGGUGAUAAGAAGAAGAAAGUUCAAAAUGAUUGCCUUCAUUGGUGCCUGCCUGGCCCUAUUGACACUUGGAAUGAACUAUUGAUGAAGAUGCCUGCUGACAUUGCUGAAUCAGCUGGUUUUGAAGCUGCUGAAGCUAUCACAACUAUCUUUGAUAUCAAUUCAGUUGUGAUUCCUGUGUUCCGGUCCCAAGCAGAACAACUCUUAAAUUCCUCUGGUUUGCCAGUGGUUGAUCAUCUUGCAAAAGCACUUGCCAAGGCUGCUGGCGGUGCCAUAGAGAGUGCCUGGUGCGGUGUCAUGGAUCGGUGCCUUCUUAGCAACCUUGCACCAGCUCGCGCCUUGGAAGUGGCCCAUUCUAUUGAAAAUGAUUACUCCAAUCCCCCUUCGAUGAUCCUCAAGGUUGAUAUUGAAAAGGCCUAUAACACCUUAGAAUGGAAGGUUAUUCUCGCUACUCUUACUAAAAUGAGCUUUCUAAAGAUCUGGGUGUCUUGGAUUAAGGCUUGUAUUUCUUCUGCUAGUUUUUCUUUCAUUAACAAUGGCAUACUAGCAAUUGGAUCAACUCUUGCAGGGCAUUAG